AUGCCAGAAGGUGACAAAGUCUUGCUCAAAUCUUCCCAGGGCGAAAUCUUUGAGGUCGAGCCCGAGGUUGCAUGCAUGUCAACCCUGGUGAGGAACAUGGUGGAUGAUAGUGGCACUGAUGAAGAGAUUCCCUUGCCCAAUGUGAAGACGGCCAUCCUCAGCAAGGUCAUCGACUAUUGCAAGUACCAUAAGGAUAGCCCACCUGAGGAGAUUCAGAAGCCUUUGAAGAGCACCAAUUUGGUGGAAUGCGGUGUCUCCGAGUGGGACAAUGAGUACGUGAACAUCGAGCAAGAAGUUCUCUUUGAACUGAUCCUGGCUGCCAACUACUUGGAUAUCAAGAGCCUCUUGGACUUGACUUGCGCCAAGGUCGCCUCUAUGAUCAAGGGCAAGAAUACUGAGGAGAUUCGCAAGCAGUUCAACAUCGUGAAUGACUUCACGCCUGAAGAGGAAGCGCAGGUACGUGAGGACAACGUCUUCUGCACUGUCCACAUCUCGGUACAGUUCGCAGUGAAUGGCCAACAGUGCGAAGACGCGAUUUACAAAUUGGCGAGCGUGAGCGAUCAGAUUGAGGCCUAUGUCUCGAACAUCGUGCGCAGCAAGGUGCCGAAGAUGGACAUCGAUGAAGCCUUCGAAGCAAAGGAUGAGUUGUCCUCCAACAUCAGCGUCAUCGCCACUGUGCCGGCCGAAACAAGGAUCCGGCUACACAAGUCUGUGAUGGACGCUAUGAACGAGAUCAACAGACAAAAACGCUUGCGGGACGCUGCUAUAAUGGAAGCUGAAGCUCACAAGAUUCGCAUCGUAAAGGCAGCUGAAGCCGAAGCUGAUGCGGCCGAGCUUCAAGGUGAUGGUUUAGCGCGGCAACGUGGCGCCAUCAUCGAUGGUUUGCGCACAGCUGUGCUCGAGAGGACUGACCACAAGGCUACCACAGAGGAGCUGUCGCACCUCCUGGUGAUCUCUCAAUAUUUUGAAACCAUGAAGCAAAUAGGCACAAAAGAGAACAGCAAGACCUUUGUGAUGCCCCGGGCCAAUCCAGCUGAUCCUGAGAACCAGUUGAGGACAGGCUGGUUACAAGCCAAAGCCGGCCUAGAAGGGAUCCGAGGUCGAGGUCCAACCCAGCAAUCCAUGGGCCAACGGAUGGUUCCUUGGCGCUGCGCCAGGUGA